AUGGUUUCCAUCUUACAAUUGCCAGACGACGUGCUUGCUCAAGUGAUUCGUUUACUAGAUACACAGGAUGUCAAGUUGCUCCUUAUGUUUCCGGGUUUGCGAGAUCUAGCCAACGAGUACCUCUACAAGAAUAGCAAGUAUGUCAUCUAUUUCGACGACAAAUCCCUAGAUAGUACGUCAGAAAAUGACAUCAAGAAGGACACCGCAGAAUGCGAGGUUUUGCAGUCUCUACAGCAGCAUAUAGAAGAAAAUGAUACAAUGGAUACCGACGGCGACGACAGUGAUUUUGAGUUGGUAAUGGACACGGAUGAUCUGUGUGUUAGUCCAAAGCAUGAAGGUAUCAGGACCGAUACGCACCAAGAUCUCCCUGGACUAAGAGUAUCAAGUCUUGUAAAUUGUGAUAAGAUCACCGAGCACAUAGCGAGAUUUCGAAAUUUCCAGGUUAACAUAUCAGUAAGUUAUUUUAAAGAUAUGAUAGUGCAAUUGGAUCUCUACCAUAAUUUGAUAAGGGCGAUUUUUGAGUGUGGGUCAGAAGGGGGGUUUGACAGACAUAAUCAUACACGCAAGAAUAUCAAACUACUAAUACAACUAAACUAUUCCUUAAACUCGUUCAAUGAUGUCAAAGACUGUUUAAUUAAUAUUGACAAGGUAUCGGAAUACUUUAAUCAUCAGGGUAACAAUAAUGUCCAGAUUGACUUAGAGUUGAAUAAGAGAUAA